CAGCUCACUCAAUUCCAGUCCGACUACCAUCCAGUGAGGACACGCUAGUUCGAGUGUUGUGAUUUCGUGUCGUAUAUUUAAAACUCUUUUUUUAAGAGAGAAAAAAGAUCAAGCCAUUUUGAGAAAACAACAGGCUCCGAGAACAUAUCCAAUUCUUCAAAAAUCUACAUUUCCUAGAAAUGGAGCUGAACUGGUCGGUGAUACUAUUCGCCCUGAGUCUGUCGGUGGCCCUCAGCGCGUCGGUCCGUAAGGAGACGGAGAGAAACGAAGUGACGAAGACGACGACCGAGGAAGGCCCGAGGAUGCUUCCGGUCAGGGUCGAGACCGGGAAUAAAAGGAAGACCACGGCCGACGUUCUCAGGCACAUCGGCAUGACCAGGAUGAAGAACCCCGGAAGCCACCACAGAAAGAGGCUCGCCUCUCAGUCGAGAAAGAGCCACUCGGGCGACUCCCACAUGUACAUCAUAAAACUUCCUCACAACCCUUACUACUACGAUUCCGAACCGGCCAAAGGCUCGUCCCAGUCCCACAACGUCAACAGGAUCCCCGUGAGUUUCAAGUCGAACGGAAAACCCGGCAAAAUCUACCACUGGAAUUUACCGGAAGUGAAGAAAAUGGUGGCCAGGAAGACAAGCGCGAAAGCCAAGGACGCCAACCAGGUCUUCAAGCCCACCAUCUGGGUCGGAGACGAGCCUCACAGGAGGGUCAGUUACUACAAGCCGAAAAAGCCGUCCAAGAACGCUUUUCAAAAGUAUUUCCCCGGAAACGGCAAGCCCCACGCCCUCUACGUCAUCGAGAGCAAAAAAAGGACCGGCUCACUCCACAGGAUCAAAGAAUAACUAUUAUAGUUUAGUAAUUAAUCCAGCUCAAGAGAUAAUCGUGCUGAAAUGUUGACCUUCCUUUAACAUGACUAGAGGCAAAAACAAAACAAACACAUUGUUACAAUUUUGUGAAUCUGGUUUUCGUGUCAAUCAAAAGUUGUAUGUAUAUUUUUAGCUAUUGUUAUUUUAUUUUUAGGUUUAUGUUAGUUGAUGUUUUAGACUAUGUAAACAUUGUACUAUAUUGAUAACAGUUAUUUUGUUAUUAUU